GAGACCUCGGAGUGACGGAGAAGUGGGAAGGGCGGCCGCGUCCCCACCCACUCCGGGGACCGCGGCCCGGGAGCUGCAAGGCUAGCGGCUCGCCGCGGCGCGGUCGGAACCGCGGGGCAGCAGCGCCUCCUGCAGGUGCUAGGCGCCUCCGCAGCCGCCGCGCAGCUCCGACUCUUAAGGUGGAACCGGCCUCGUUCCCCACCGGCGCUUUCGGCUAUUCCGCAAUCUUGCUUCCACCCGCGGCGUCUCCCUCAAGAAGCGGGCCUGGCGGUCCAGAAGGGUCGGAGUCUGAUGGUUCCUGCUGCUAUUUCCUUGAUCCCUUGACCCCACUAUCUGCAGAUCCUCGUCUGCGGAUGCCCCGGUAUCGAUUUCGACAAUCACAAUUGAUAAUUCCCUGCUGGUGUAAAAGGAUGCCUAGAUGUGGUGUGGGUAUGAAUUCAUCGAUUAUUGGACAAGUGACUUCAUCGAACUCGAGAUUACCGGGGAAAACCUACGAGCCCGGCACGUAGCCCGGGAAAACCCCGAGCAGGGCACGAACAAGCCAACUCUGGUUCCGGUGCCAUUUGCAAGCCCGUUCUCUGGUGAAGAGGGAAACGGAUCCGCGCCCACGUUUGCUCCCUUUGGGGUCUGGACUGGCGGCGCCCCCAGCGCGAGGGAUGGCCCGGACCGGUGCCUCUCCCCACCCUUUUCCCCCACCUCGUGGUUCUGCACGCGAAUCCAGUCUCUCCACGGGUCACCCUGGGGCCAAACGCGCCGGGCAAGUCCCAUCCGGCGCUUUCUCGCUGGGGCCGAAGGGCAGAUAGAUGGGGGUGCUUGGGCGCUCGGAGCUCGAAGCAGUGAAUUAUCCCCGGACCCAGGUUCCCCGGUCGCCAGGCGCGGGAGAAGGAGGGGUUUGGGCCUCCAGUCCGCGGUCUCGGAGAUCCCAAGAAGCACUUGUAGUCUCGUGGCUUUCCCUGGGGGAAAGCAGACUUUGGUAGACACACCGCGCCGCGCCAGAGUAGGUUCUCAACUUGCCGAGAGCCCUGCCGGGGGUGCUCCGCCCCGGGGGGAGGCCUUAGAGGUGUGGGGGGGGGGUGCAGGAGGCCACCCGGGUCAAGUGGGCCGAGUUUCAGAAUAGCCAGUGUCGCCUUAUCACGUUGACAUGUUAAGAAGGGUCCUUCGUGGAAAAUCACUUUUAGUCAACUUUGUUGUCGUGGAGUUAUAAGGAGGGAAGGAAGGCAAAAGAAAGGAGACAGACCUUAUAAAAAAAAAACCUGGGGAAAAGGAGUGGUCAGAUGGUGGAGAGGGAGGAAGGCAAGGAAGGAUAGAGAAGGCUUUCCUUCUUUGUUCUUUAAAAGCCCAGCACUUUUUUUCUAAAUCAAAAUAGAGAGCCAGUCUUCUUGGAGCAUGGUUAGGUAACUGAGAGAUACUGUUUAUUAGUUCACUUUUAAAGAAUUUGCUGGGUUGAACAAAAUUUUUAGAAGGAUCUUUCUCACCCACCCCCUGCUUAAGCUCAACUCAUUUUGAUUUCAAACAGAUUUGAGAUAAAAAAUUUCAGAAGAGAAAAUGUGUGCAUGUAUCUGUACAUAUAUACACAUGCAACGGAGUUUGUAUUCCCUCUAGUCUAUUUCUAAGACAAGCAAUUCUAUAGGAAAUUACAUAUGAUGGCUGAUUUUUUCCUAGUAUUGUAUUGUCACCAGAGAGGAGUCCUGGAUUGUCUUUCUCUUCAUUACCCAUUAAUAAAUCUAAGAGAGAACUCAUUGUACAAUUGUGGCUCUUUUCCCUCUCACUUUCUGACUUUCUUUCCCACACAUUAACACACACACACAGAAUAUACAUUAUGUGCAGAUUUUCCCCUAAUCAACCUGUAAUGUAUCAUGUAUAAAUCCAUGCCCAUGUUUCCAUUGAA